AUGUUUGCACCGGCGUUCCAGCCAGGAGUUGGUCAAGGCACAUCAAGGACAAUCCCCUCUGCCUAUACCGCUAUCAGCUGCAACCCCCCCACCCAACAUCCUGUUUCCCAAGCUAAACAACUCAGCCACGUAUGGGAAGAGGUCAUGCAAGCGCGCGCACCAAUUGUUCUAGGGGAUCAAGAACUUACUGCAGAUUUUGACUCAAACACCGCACAGUUGUCCCAGGUCUUGGGAGAUAUACCUGCUCCAGGAGGCAGUGAUUUGGAUCAAUCAGCAGACAUUGAUGGAGUGGAAUAUGACCCUGCAACUUACAGUUUGGCCCCACAAGCAUUUGUUUGCGCGCCUUUACUUGUCAAAGUGGCAAAGUUGGCCCCAUCUACACUUAGCCCCAACAAUUUAGAUACUAUUUGGGACUUCAACCACUUUGUUAGGCAAAAGACCACUAGGCUGCUAUAUCAAGCCAACUUUGUUAGGAGCAAAACACACAUCCAGGACGUGUUUGAUGCAAUCCUGUAUGAGACUCUGUGCUCUACGCCAGUUGUUAUCAGUGGCGUUGAGCAGCUGUACAACCACUUUGAAGAUUUUUGGGAGCUUGCGCUUGCAAUUGCAAUUGAUGGAAUGGGGCCAUUCAAGAAACAAAGUCAAUUGUGUUGGCCAAUUCUAAUUAUUACCUAUAACUUCCCCCCCAAAAUACAAACCCACCUUUCAAAUAUGAUCUGCACCAGUGUGAUCCCCGGCCUGCAUUUGCCCAAAGACCUCAAUUCCUUCCUCCAGCCCUUGAUUGACAAACUUGUUGAGCUUGCACAGGGUGUCAAAGCUGUCAAUGUUGUGAAUGAAGAGGUCUUUGCUCUUUGUGCGCAUAUUCUUGCAGCAUUUGGAGACCUACCAGCAAUGGCUAAAUUAAUGGAGUUUGUUGGCCAUAAUGGCCGCUUUCCUUGUUGCUUAUGCAAGAUCAUGAGCAUUCUUGGACAGACAGCAAAAAAUGGAACCCACCUAUACUGUCCGCUUCACUGUUUGGACAAUACUGGUCUUGACCCCCAUAACCUCCCCCUUUGA